AUGCUCCGUGAUUUGAUUAUGCGAUACAACUCGGAUGGUGGUGGUCGAGUCCAACAAGUGGAGAGGGACCUCGAGGACGUCACCGACAUGAUGCGCAACAACUUGGGAAAAGUCAUGGAGCGGGGAGAGCGCAUUGAUUCCUUGCUGGACAAGACAUCUGCCCUGAAAGCUGAGUCCGUGUCCUUUCGAAGUAGUGCGAAACGAUACAACGAUGACCUCUGGUGGAAAGACCAACGAGGCAAGAUGUUGCUAUGCAUCUUGGCGCUGGCCGUCGUCGUAAUCUUGACCUGGCUCAUAGUGCACAACAGUGAGAGGCUGACAGAUUCUCCCAGCUGA